AUUGCCGAAUUCUUGCUACAAGAAUACCUUGGUGGCAAUAUCAAUCUAACCGCGAUACGUACAGUACGAGUACUGCGACCACUUCGAGCAGUGAAUCGGAUACCAUCAAUGAGGAUCCUUGUGAACCUUCUUCUCGACACACUGCCGAUGUUGGGAAAUGUUUUACUGUUGUGUUUCUUUGUGUUUUUCAUUUUUGGAAUUGUUGGCGUUCAGCUAUGGGCGGGUCUAUUGCGAAAUCGAUGUGUGAUUAAUUUACCAAAAACUAUAUCAGAAAAUCAAACGGCACUAUUCAAUGAUGUCAAAUUAACCAGGUUCUAUAUUCCUGAGGAUACCUCGCUAGAGUACAUAUGUAGCCAUGCAGAUGCAAACGGGUUGCACACCUGCUCCAAUCUUCCGCCCUAUACUGUAGAUGGAGUAAAGUGCAAUUUAACUAUAGACGACUAUGAUAAAGUUAGUGAUAAAGCGUGUAUCAACUGGAAUAUCUACUACAACGAGUGCCAGGUUAUGCAACGGAACCCCUUUCAAGGCUCAGUGUCAUUUGAUAAUAUAGGAUUCGCAUGGGUAGCGAUUUUUCUUGUGAUAUCGCUGGAGGGAUGGACAGAUAUCAUGUAUUACGUCCAAGAUGCCCACUCCUUUUGGAAUUGGAUUUAUUUUGUUCUACUCAUAGUUAUAGGUGCUUUCUUCAUGAUUAAUUUGUGCCUUGUCGUAAUAGCGACGCAGUUCGCUGAGACAAAGCGACGCGAAACAGAGCGAAUGCUUCAAGAACGGAAGCGGUUACAGAAUCGAAGCCCAGAUUCUAUAUCCGGAAGCGGUAGUGACGCAGGUGGCGCCUCGUCCAAAGAAGAAGGCGGCGAUACGGUCUAUGCAGCGAUUGUUCGCUUUAUCGGGCACACAUUCCGAAAAACGAAGCGAACAAUGAAGAGGAAGUUCAAUGCAUAUAUGAAGGAGCGACGAGAGAAAAAAAAGACUGAAGCCAAAAAGAGGAGAAAAUCAAAACUAGACGAUAUGGCGACAUUGUCACGGAUCGAGGAACGUACUGACGAAGAAGAGGAAGUUGAACCGACGGACGCAGAGGAACCAGCAGUCACUGAAGAAAGAAGAGUGAUAAGGAAGCGAUCACGGCGUGUAACUAUUGGAGAAGAGCAGGACAAAAUAGGAAAUGGACAUUUGGCACACAACCCAACUAGCGACGAGGGUUUCGCGACUGAAGAGGAAUGGUCUGACAAUGGCGAAUGCAAGGAUCUGAAGAAACAGCCACAACCGCAGUCUCGAUGGCGAUGGUUUCGUACGAAAGUUCGUCAUUUCGUUGUUUGCGAUCAUUUUACUCGAGGGAUUUUAGUAGCGAUUCUGGUCAACACUCUCAGCAUGGGUGUGGAGUAUCAUCAGCAGCCGGAAAUCCUCACUAUCAUUCUGGAAUACUCCAAUUUAUUCUUUACGGGUCUUUUUGCAUUUGAAAUGCUUUUGAAGAUUCUCGCCGAUGGUCUUUUCGGCUAUCUAUCAGACGGAUUCAAUCUCUUCGAUGGCGGAAUCGUGGCGCUCAGCGUUCUGGAGUUAUUCCAAGAGGGUAAAGGAGGACUGUCAGUGCUUCGCACUUUUCGAUUGUUGCGAAUUCUCAAAUUAGUCCGAUUUAUGCCGGCUCUACGCUAUCAACUUGUUGUGAUGUUGAGAACAAUGGAUAAUGUUACUGUAUUCUUUGGUCUACUUGUACUAUUCAUUUUCAUCUUCAGCAUCCUUGGUAUGAAUUUAUUCGGGUGUAAAUUCUGCAAGGUGGAGGAGCGUCUUCUUGGAGGUCCAUCAAAGAAAUGCGAGCGAAAGAAUUUCGACACACUUCUUUGGGCGCUCAUCACGGUGUUUCAAUUGUCUAGGAAUGGUUCUUUUUGGUUACAAGUUCUGUAUUCACAACGAGACUGGAUUGCAAUGUACCUGCAAGCAGAUAUUCAACAAUGA